AUGACCACCGAGGAGGAUAUCGCAUGGUUCAAGUCCACCUUUCGUCCGAUCCCGAAGCCAGAGCUCCCCGACGACGCUGUGGAAUAUUCCAUCUACCAUAUUCCGUCCUCCCCCGCCCCCGCCGUUAUCGAUGAAGCUGCCGAGACCCGCGCGCGAUUGAUUGAGGUCCAGCGCAGUGCUGCAGAUCUCACCAAGGAUCUGCUUAAAGAUUACAUCUGGCAGCGUGAGGCCUUUAAAUUGGAAAUUGCAAAGGAAGAUGGAAUCAGCUCGCUGCAGGGUCGCACCAACUACGGCGACUCCAUCGAAGACGAAUGGGUUAUUGUGUACCUCCUCCGUGAGUUGACCAAACGACACAAGGAUAUUUGGGUCAAAGUGGCGGACAGUGAUGGCGAGUUCCUUCUUAUUGAAGCCGCGGGAACACUACCAGCGUGGAUCGAACCGGACGUCGCAGACAAUCGGGUAUGGAUUAAUCAAGGAGAGCUGCGCAUCAUCAAACCGAAGCAAGAAGCGAAGAGACAAGUAACCGAAAAGAUCACUCUCCCGGAAGCACGCAAGAUUAUCCAAAACGAGCCCGGUCGCCUCCUCCGAUCUACCAUAAUCCAGGAAGAGGCAUUCUACCGUCUGCGCAAAUACCCCCAGCAGAUCAGCGAGAACCUCCACUCUGCCGUCAUUACAAUCCCCCGCAAGGCUGCAUUCCUCCUACACCAAAAGCCAGCAUACAUCUCACCCGCCGUUGAGGCAUUCUACAUCCGUGAUCCAAUUGCCCUACGCCCACUACGUGCCAAGGAUACUUCGGGUCUCGUUUUCAAGCCUGACGAUCUGGUUGACGUGAGUGUCCGAUUCACUCGGGUCGGAUAUGCGCAGCUUAAGAGUCAGGAAUUCCCCAUUCCAAGCACCUGGGCGGGCAAGCUACCUUCGACUGAAGAUCGAAAGGCAUACGACCGCGCAGAGGCAGGAAUGAAACUUGCAUGUGGACUUGAGAUGUUGCUCAACGAUCCUCAAAACCAGGACAAGGCUGUAGUCAGAGAGAUGAAGCUGCUCCUGGAGGAUGUGGAGACCGGGGAUGAAGAGCUUCCCACCGACAAAGAGAUUCAAGAGAAGUGGGACAAGCGAGAAGACGAUGAAAAGUGGCUGGACAUCAACUUUGAAGAUCUGGAGGCAGAGCUCAAAGGACGGGGCCAAGGAAAGGGAGAAGAUGCAGGCAAUUUCGGCGACACUGGCGCCCAGGAAAACCUUCAACGCAUCGUGGCUCGCUUUGAGGAAUUCCUGAAUGAUAACUCAGCUGGAUUCGAUGGUGCCGAUUUCAUUGAUGACUUUGGAACGGAUUCUGACAUCGAUGAAGAUGAGGAGGAAGAAGUCGACAGCGAAGGUGAGGACAAGGAUGCUUCUUUCAACGAAGAGGAGUUUGCCAAGAUGAUGAAAGAAAUGAUGGGCAUGCCCUCUUCGUCAGACUCCAUCCGCAAGCGAGUGGAAGAACUAGACUCGGAUGGCGAAGACGAUACGGAGCAGAUCAAGGAGUUGUCCCGACGAAUGGAAGCCGAGUUACAGGGCACUGGUAUCCUCGAUUUGAACCGACGCCCGCAGAAUCUGUCUGGAGAAGCAAGCGGCUCCGGAGAUAAGGCUGCCAAGUCUAAAGACGACAAUGAUGAGGAUGACAACGUCAACAUCAACCUCGCUAAAAACUUGCUGGAGAGUCUUCAGGGCCAAGCUGGUGCCUCUGGCCCAGCCGGCAACAUGUUGUCGAUGAUGAACCUUCGCAUGCCAAAAGACGAUCGCCCUUGA